AUGAAUGAUAUCGAGAAACGUCUCAACAAAUUGCAAAGUGAUUCAUCAAGUCAUUCUUCUUCAGAUGAUGAAGAACGCAGAAUCUCACCUGCUGCCUUGACAACUCUCAAUGUUCUCAACGACAUCGAUCCUGAAAAAUUCGAAGAACUUAAUAAGCGUGUAUCUGAACUUGAAGAUAAACUUGCUAACACUCCUGUUUCUGAAGUUGGUGCAGAAGAUGCUCCAAAGGUCUUUGCAACUAAAUCAGAUUCUUCUGAUUCAGAUUCUUCAGAACCUUCACAAGAAGUAAAAGAUCUCAAACAACAAAUUAACGAUUUGGCUAAGCAACUCAAUGAUCUCAAAUCAUUAAUUGCUGAUAACCAAGAAAAUCAAGAUAGAAUAGAUCAGGCACAGAAUGAUGCUGAAAAGAAUCAUGAUGAGAUCGAACAACUUAAACUUCAACUUCAAAAUGCUCAAGAUGAAAUUAAUGAACUCAAAGAUGAAAUGAGACAACUUCAAUCCGGAAAUGAAGAUGAUGACGAAAAGAGAUUCGAUGAUAUUUCUGAUCUUCAGCAAUCAGUUGCAGCAAUUAGUGCUGUUGCUCAACAAGAAAACGAUAUCCCAGAAAAGAUUGAUGAAGUCGAAAAGAAGCUUUCCGAUCGCAUUGAAAAUCUCGAAAAUGAGACAGACGAUACCGCAAACAAGCAUGCACAAGAAAUCCAAGAUAUAAGACAAGAUACAGAUAAUAUUUUAGAACAAAUGAAGAACCAAGAUGAUGCUGCCACAAAGGAUGAUCUUAACAAUACUAAGGAUCAACUCGAAGAUAAAAUUGCCAAACUUGAAAAGGCCUUAGAUGAUGCUGAAAAAUCUGCUCAGGAAGCUGGCGCCGACACAGCAGAUAAGAUUCAGCAACUCAAUGAUCGCCUUAACGAUUUAGAAGAUAAACUUCAAGAUUCUAAGAAGAAAGGCUCAUCAUCUUCAAGCUCCUCAAGUGAUUCAGAGGAUGAAGUACCAAAGAACAUUGCAAAUGAAUUGCAAGAACUUCGCGAAAAGGUCGCUGAACUUGAAGAGAAAUUGAACAGCGGCAGUCCAGCUGGCGCGGCUGACGCUCCACAAUUCUCACAAGUAUUUGUUGACCUUCCACAAAUUGCUAAUGUUCAACUUGUGUUUAGAGCUCAACCUCUCCCUCCACAAUAA